AAGAAAACAAAGUUUCACUCACCAAAAUGUCGUGUGGAAAUCCCAUUGAAAACGACCUUGUACGUCGGAAGUUCUCAAAUUUGAAGACGAUUAACGAAACAGCGAUUAUUGAAAAACUAAAGAAACAAUUUUAUAUACAGCUAUCGGUAAAGGACGCAUACGCGGACGUGACUCACUGUAACGCGAUUUAUCGUUUCUAAUCGACCGCUUGUCAUCAUAUAAUAUGCAUUUAUUAUUAUUGUUGUUGUUGGUGUUAUCCUACAAUAGCUAGAAGUUAAAACUAAAGAGUAUACAGUAGUGGCGGCAGUAAACACGAGCACGAUUGUACGCGAGGAAAGACGAUACGAGAGUUUAUUUCAUAAUUUAACAUGCAGUUACAGAAAAGCCUAAGGAGCACUAAACUGCUGCUCCACUGUGGCGUUUAAGUGGUUCGAUUACGCGGCGAAACACGCCGUCAGAUAGCGCUCACACUUUGAUUUGCAAGAUUAGUAAUUUUUGUUGUUAAUGAUUAAUAUGUUCAUGGUCGUAUCUAUAUUAAAAUUAUGAAAAUAAAUUUUGAUCCUUUCAGACGUAGUCGGCAUAGGGUAUAAAUAUUGUUGUGUUAUAUGUACCAAGUGUGUAUGUAGUCUUAAUAACAAUUACUGUUGAUGAUUUGCGGUUCCAGAAAAUGGAACUUCAAGAUUCGUUCUACAGUAAAUCUGAAUAUGUGGAAACGGUAAGUAAUUUUGGUUUAUCACCAUUUAAUUGAAAUGUGAAAUUUUAAAUUUAUUUCUAAUAUUAUCACAGACAACUGGUAAUAAAGUAAGCCGUCAAGCUCAAAUUUAUGGUUCACAGAAUAUCAUACUCAAUGGUAAAGUAAUACUACAGUCAGGUGUGAUGAUACGAGGUGAUUUAGCGAGUGUCAAAAUGGGACGGUACUGUUUUGUUGGCCGAGGUUCAGUUGUAAGACCACCAUGCAAAAAAUUUAGUGGAGGGUAAUGUUAUGUAUUAUCAUUAUUUUUUAUAAUUUAUAUAUUGAUACUUGACUACUAAAUUACAAAUUGGAAUAAAAUAACUGGAUGAAUACAAAAAAUAAAAUUAUUAUGUUUUUAGUAUCUUGUUUGAAGUUUACAAAAAAAUAUUUUUGUAUAGUCAGUAUUUAUGAAUAUUCAGUAUUGAUGAAUAAUCAUUUGAUAGACUAGGUACCCUAAAAAUGUUGUAUUUAAUUUACAUUCAUGUGUCCCAAUUAAGCGGAUUCUACUGUAUUUAUAUUUUUCUCUCUGCUUUUAGUGGUUUCGUCUUUACCAAAUUAGCUUUAUCAUUUUAAUUGUUUUUUAAGUAAAUGAAAUGACAGAAGUUGGGUUGAAUUUUGUUAUAUUGCAUUAAGAGGAUGCUAGUUAAGGAUUUUAGAUUUGAAUACUUUAUUGAGACUUCCCAAAUGGAACCAAGGAGAUAUUGUUGAAUAUCGAAGGCAUUAGUAUCAAGGAUGUUUUUUAAGGGUUUCACCUCACCAAUUACUUAUAUUAUCAUUGGUACCAUUUAAGAUCACAUUUCACCACUCUUUUUGGAAGUUAUAUAGUAGUAGUGUAAUAUAGUAUUGGGUUAUUUAUUGUUUAACAAAGAAUAUUUCUAUAGUUAAUACAAAAUAGACAGGAGGAGAGAAUUUGACUCCAGUGACAAUUCUGCUGCUUAUAGGUGUUUUUAACUAUGUAUUAAUGAACCUUCCAAAUAUGGUUUUAUAUAUUAUUAAAUUCCUCUAAAUUGAAUUAUUACCUUGUCCUUGAUUAAUUAUGAUAAUCCACUUAAUAAUUUAUAAUUCAGGUUUACUUAUUUUGCUCUUCAAAUUGGAGAUCAUGUUCACAUUGGGGAACAAAGUGUUAUUCAAGCAGCUGUUAUUGGUUCAUAUGUUCACAUAGGAAAAAAUGUUGUAAUUGUAAGUAUUGUUUAAAAUAGUAAUAACUAGGCCUAGGAUUUUUUUGCAACAGUAUGAUUGUUAUGUCUAAAUGAAGUUUUAGUGAUUAAUAUUAUUUUAAUGAAAAUAUUACAAUUUAUAUUUUGCAUGUUUAUUUUGAAUAAUACGCAUAUUUAUUUUUCAUAUCUUGAAUAAAAUGAAUUUUAUCACAUAUUUUAUAGCAUAUUAAUAGUUACAUAGCACAAAAUGAAAUAUUAUCUAUACAAAAAAAUUACCCAGAAAUAUUUAGUUUACAUCUUAUCUUUAACAUCAUUCAUAUUUUGAUUGAGAUAAUAACUAGAUAAGAGUAAUAUUUAACAAUUAUAGAUUGUUUAAUAAUCUAAAAAUGCCUUCUAAAUUAAUUUUAAGUACUGAAAGAGCAUGUUAUUUUUUGUGAAUAAUUUAUAUAGUGGUAAUUAACACUUAUUAUAUAUAAAUAAUAAUAAUAACUUUUUAGAAUAUGACAUGCAAGCUCGAGUGGUGGUUGGCGUAGGAGACUUAUUAUUAUGUACACUGUACAUCAAAGCAGUUAAAUGCGUCUUAAAUAAUAUUACACCCUCUUGAUAGUGCUUAGCUGGUCCUGGUAUUAUUAAUAUUUUACUGUACAAUUUUUUUUUUUUCAGGGUAAAAGGUGUAUACUAAAAGAUUGUUGUAUGAUUGGAGAUAAUACAGUACUCGCACCUGAUACUGUAGUUCCCUCAUUUGCCCAUUAUUCUGGUUCUCCGGGUAUACAAAUUGGUCAAUUACCAGUUUGUACUCAAGAUCUAUCAAUUGAUUAUACUAAAUCUUUUUAUGAUCACUUUGUUCCAUCUAUUGAUAAUUUAUAGGUUUAAGAACUAUUUUAUUUUGUUUUUUUUUUCAACACCUUCCUUUAAUUUAAAAUGUAUUUUAUAAAAUAAUAUAUGUUUUGAUAAUGGUUAAUAAUCUAUUAUUAUUAACAUUUUCUAGAAGUUGAGUUCUUUUGGUCUUCUUUUUCAAAAUGUACAAAAACUUUGGCUGGUAACAUAUAUUCUAACAACAUAUUGUUUUCAGCUGGUAAUCCCAAACAUGCUCUGAGUAUGUUUUCAAUACAUGCUCGUUGACGAAAAAGUGAAUUAACUAUUGGAGCCCCUAUAACAGAACAAAUAUAAUUUAUUUAGUGUUGUUGAUAAUAUAACAUUAUUAUCGAUUGAUUUACCUUUUGGCACAACAGGUGCUUUAAGUAAAUAUGACAACACAGAAAACACUGGAUGCAAAGGUGUAUAGUCCAUACUAUCUGAUCCAAUCUCAAUUCUGGUAAAUACAUCAGCCAGUAUAAGUAAAUCCAAUAUAAGCGGAGAUGCCAAUAGUGAAUCUUCACAUGUGUUAUGUAUGGCUAAUGUAUUAAGACCAUUCAAAAAUAUUUCUGAUGUAUAUUCAUCCAUUGCCCUUUUGGAAUCACCAACAUAUGGCACAUACUUAAUUACAACACAGUGAUCUGGUUUUUCGUUUGGUUUGUAUAGAAUACUAUUUGACUGAACCAUAUCAUCGACCACAUUGCUUUUAGAAAUCUCUUUUGAGCGGAAUUGUUGAGGAGCGGACAAAUUAUAACCAUCAUUGUUUCCUAAAUGAUUAUAGCUUACAAUGGAUACUGGUUUAAUGCCAGCUGUAACCAAGAAGUCUACAAUAACAGAUUUCAGUUUUGUUUGGCCCGAUUUGAAAUCAUCCCCAGCAAUAUGUACACCCAUUUUCUCAGCCAAUUCUACUACACCUUUCACAAAAGUGUUUGAUGGUGAUCCAUUUAUAUAAGUACACUAAAGUUUUUAAGAGAAAAAUAAAUCAAUAUCAGCUCUUAAAACUCAAUAAAAAAAAAUUCAUACUCCUUCCAAAAUUGAAGCAACAGCAAAUAAUGUAGAUGGUGAGAUUUCUGAUUCAUUUUUGCAGAUUGAUUUUAAAAGGUUAUCUGAUGUGUCAUUAAGUCCUUUGAUUUCUUCACUAAAUCGUUCAGUAUUGGCUGUCCAUAAAACAAUCACCUGGUCCAAAUUUUUACUUUUUUUAAAAUCCUUGAUAUCUGUUCUGAUUUGAUCUAGUGCUUCUGAUUUACUUUCGGUUUUAAUUAUAUUAUCAGCACGGUCUAACUGAUUAGCAGCUAUAAAGUCAGGAAUGUAAAUUGAUGGCCGGGGCUUAAUACCAGACAUAAAUUUCAUUAAUUUAUUUUGUAAAUCAAUAUCCAACACCUAAAUAAAAAACAAUAAAUACAAAAUUAUGAAAUAUAUUUUUAAUUAUAUUUAAAUAGAAAUAGUUAUUUUGUUAUUUUACUUUUGCUCUCUUCAUGGCUUGACCUAGGUCCAUAGAUGAAAUAUCCCAACCAUCAAUUUCUAUAUCAUUAGGGUUGAUCAUGGGUACUAAACUUUUUAAUGGAACAUAUACGUCUUUGCCACUUGCAUCCAUACCAAUACGUAUUGUAGAUGAUUGGGUUAUUGAACCAAACCAAUUUGGAUACUUGACACCCAAUUUUGUUUCCCAUGAACAACCGUAUUUGUUUGCAAAGAUCCCUGCAGUUAAAGUAGUACCAUUGUUACCACCUAAACCUACCAUCAUUAACCCGGUUUUAGGAACAGUUCUUUUGGUGCGAAUCUUGAUUUUAGUUAUAGUAGGCUUGAUCUACCAAAAAUGUAAACAUUUUAUUAGAUUCAAUUUUUUAAAUC